AUGACUGAACCGAAAAAAGAGAUUUUUCCUAAAAAACCACAAAUUGCACCGGAUAUGUCGGUUUCAAUUCGACAAUUGCCAAAAUUAGAUGUACAGGAAGAUGGUGAGUUAUUUUUUGUGAAAAAAACGAUAUUUUAAAUUCAAUUUUUUUCAGUGAAAGGUGAAAAUCUGGGAGAAUUUUCGGAUACUGAAUGGGAUGCAAGUGAAGAACCAUUUUCUGCUGAACUUUUGAAUGUGAAAAAUGCGCCAAAUCGAAUCAGUGUAUUCAGCGGACCAAAACGAUUCAAUGAUCCUCAAAUAAUCAAGAAAAAGGUGCCGAAAGCUCAACCAAAUCCACCAAAAAUCGAUAAUCGAGCAAGUCAAAUGGCAAAAAUGAUGGAAAAUGUUUUUGAAAAAUUGGUUGAUGGAAGAAGUUCGGAUGGAAUUAAGGUGACUAUUGAUUUUACUGUGGGAUAAUUAAUAAAUUCAUGUUUGAUGGCAAUUGAAGAUAAACAUGAGUAACAUUUCACGGUAACUAAAAAUUGUAAAAAAAAAUUGAGAAAGGUACAUACUAUAAUUUUCGAUAAAAAUAAUUGCACCUUCCAAAAUUCAGUUUUCAUAUGACAUUAUUCUUGUGAUGUAUCAUAUAUUUUUCUGCCUUAUCUUGUUUACAUCUCAAAUUUUUUCCGAAAAAUGCACAAUUUCGAAAAAUAUAUCUGAAAUUGAUGAUAAUUGUGAAAUAAUAAAUGGAAAUGUUGUUUUGGAUGAGAAAUCUGAUGAAAAAACUGUGGAAUUAUUUAUCAAAAAAUUAUCACAAGUUAGACAGAUAUUUGGAAGUGUUGUUGUAACAAAUACAAGUUUUGUCAAACUCGAUUUUCUGCCGAAAUUACAGAGUAUUGUUUAUACACCAGUUAUUCACCAAUAUUCAUUAGGUAAUGUUUUAGGAAAUAGUGAAGAAGAAAAGAUUUCUCGUAACUUCUAAUUUUGGAGGCCUUUUUUAAAGAUCGUCAAUAUGCUCUUUACAUUGUAAAUAAUAAAUUUCUUGAAUCUAUGAAACUUCCGAGUAUCGAAAUAGCAAUGGAUAAUGUAUUUAUAACCGAUAUAAAUUUUUUUGGGUGAGGUUGAACUAUUUUUUGAAAUAUUUUGAAUUAUUUUUUUAGAACUUCUAUUUACGAUAACCCUGUACUAUGUUUUGAUUUUCAAACUCUCCUGAAGCUCUACAGAUUUCCGAGAAUUUACAUAUCCCCAAAAAAAUUAUGUAAUCCGAAAAUUAUCGAAAAAACUAAUAUGUAUACAAAAUAUACAGAUGAAAAUUCAACCAGUUAGUUUUAAUUUCUUUGAAAAAUGAUUUCAGUGAAUAUGUUUUUCUGUAGAAGUAUUUUGUUAUAUGGAAUGGUUCAAUUAUUCAAUGCCACUAGACUGUCAAAUUUUAGAAAAACCUUUGAUUAUUGAUGAACUUGUAGAUGGCAAUAAGAAUUUAAUGGUAUUCCAAGAAGCUAUCAAGACUGUAGAAAUUAUUUUGGGAUCAAUUUUUGUCAAAGAUUCAAGUGUAACAAAUCUCAACUUUACAAGUCUGGAAGUUGUAAAUAAUAUGUAUUUUGAUUAUGAUCCACUAACCUCGCUGACAAAUGUUAUUUUUUUGAAGAAUAAUACAAAAUUGCUCAUGUUAAGCUUUCCGAAAAGUCCCGAAAUAUAUCAUUAUGGAACAACUUCAUUUAUUUAUACAGAACUUAAUACAAAUAUAGUGUUAGAUGAUGAUCUAUGUAAAUUCGUGAAGAAAUUAUAUAUGUUUGAUUUCAAUGAUAAAUUUGAGAAUUGUGGUUAGUUUUUCUCAAAUUCGAAACAUGAAAUAUUGAAUACACAUUAUUUAGGGCAUUUUCCAACAUUUGAACCGGAAUCAGAUUUUUAUAUAACAUUAAUAGAAAGUGGUAUUUGUAUAAUUCUAACAUUUUUACUUUAUAUUUCAUUAUUUUAUGUAAUUAUAAAAACAAAACAUAUAGUUAGUCAUUAUCAAUAUUCAAUAAUAAUUUAUAUAAUAAUAUGUUCAAUUGAAGCAAUUUAUGCAGUUAUAAAUUAUAUUGAAAUAUUUGAUAUUAAUAAUUAUGGACAUGUUUUAGGAUUACAAUUUUUAUUAUUUUCAAAUAAGAGAUCAUAUUUCUAUCAAUUAUUUAAUAUAAUUUAUACAAAUCGUUUAUCAUUAUUAUGUUCUUGUUCACUUUAUCGAACAGUUUCAUUUAUUAGUUUAAAUUCUGGAAAAUUUGCUAUAUUUUUAGCAUUUCUUAUAUUUGUUAUAUCAAAUAUUUCAACACUUGGUGGUUUAGCUGGAAAAAGGUAGCCAAUAUAGUUUUGUUUUAUAUCCUUUUACUUGGUUUACUUUUAUUUUAACUAUUUCAACUUCAAUAUUUUUAACUAUUUAUCUUCGAAUUUCUUUUAAAAAUCAUCAUGAAAUACGAAAACAUCAAUUGAAAUUAUCAUUUAUUUUCUGUUCACAAGCUAUUAUUGCUUUUGGAUUUUGUGGAUUUCCUGACGCAUUUUUUGAAACCUGGUUACUAGGUAGUGGAAUUACUCAACUACGAAAUACUGGAAAAACAAUUUUGUUACAAACAAUAAGACGUCACACAGUUUUUAGUCAUCGAGUAGGUUUUAUAAUUUCACUACCAAGAAAAACCCGAGACCUAUGACGUGGAAAUUUCCAGAAUGCUUCAAUAAUUGUUCGAUGGCAUUAUCCAAUUUAUGCACUAAUGUUAAGAUUAUCAAUCAAGCACAUGUUGAAAAAAGUAUCAACAAAAGCAACAAAGAUUGAACCGAAAGCACCGCGAACCUUCAAAUAA